AUCAAGAUCGACAUUCAUUUUCCUUAUUUUUAUCAAACAAAUUAAAGAGAGGCACAUGUAUAUAUAUCUUAUAGAAUUAAGCUCUUGUUGGUCUCAAAACUCUUCUUUGUUCCACAGUACUUGUAGGUAGUUAUCAACAAAGUGGUUGCCUCUCUCAAUCUUCCCAGCCCCCAUGAGCAAGAGGGAGUCCAAGAAAAGUACACCCCAAUUUGUGUGGCUAUGCCCUAUACGAAAUUAAGUAGUGCAUGGGAUCCACAUUGUUAUAUUUUGCUAUGACCUUAUGCUUAUGCUUGGGUAAAGGAUAAAACAAGAAUCUAAUGCAGUUUGUCUGAAAAAAAAAAAGUCAUAGCUGCUAAAUAUGUAAUAUACAUUCUCAAGUCUCGUCCCCUCCCCAGAUUAAUUAUCAUAUUCUCCUCUUCCACGGCAGCAGGCAGCAGGUUGCCGAAGCAAUCUAAGCUAGGUUGGAGCUGCCAUAUAUAGCUGAGCUACAAGUCUGCAAUCAACGUUAGAUUUUAUAUAUGGUUGUUUAACUAUAAGAGAUGGAAAUUGUUGAGCCCCUAGCAAUCAACAUCGAUCUUGGAGACAUGCCGUGGAAUUUCAUGGAGAAGUUGAGAAGGGCCUCAGACAAACCCAAGGAAGGCAUCCAGGCGACGAUCUUUCGAGUUCCUGAGAACAUCCGCAGAACCAAUGUCGAUUCUUUUGAACCAAAGAUGUUCUCCCUCGGCCCCUACCACCAUGGAAAGCAACUCUUUCAAGCAACGGAUGAACGGAUCAAAUUGCCCUGCGCCAGCAACUUUUUUAGGGGAGCCAUGACCGGGGAUUUGCAGCGCAUUGUCGUGCAAUUAAAGGACUGGGAGUCCAAGUUACGUUGUGCCUACUCGGAGCAGAUCAGCAUGAGCAGCGAUGAGUUCGUGGAGAUGAUGCUGCUCGACUGCGCUUUCAUGGCUGAGUUUCUACGGGAGCAAUACGGGUCGAUUAAAAAAACAGAGAAGCAAGAAGGGGGGCAGAGAAUAGAGAUGGAAGAGUACUCGUGGAAGUGGGCAGCUCCAUCGCUUAUGAACGAUAUGUUGGUGGUCGAAAACCAGUUCCCUCUUCCUCCCCUUCUUUAUCUCUUCAAGAAGUGCAGCUGGGAUGAUAUUAUUAAUAUCGAUGGUAUUUUUUAUUCGCUCAUGCAGCAAAUUCACCGAAACCUCUCUCCGACCUCGAGCGUCCGUUCAGAUCUAUUAAUUAAUUCAAGUUCCCAUUUGCUCCAUCUUUUCCAUUCAAGUCUUAUAAUUGUCGAGCCGCGGUACACGGAAAGACGGCUUCACAACACCGACUUAUCUUCCUUCCCCAGUGCAGAGAUGCUCCAGGCAAUGAGAAUUCAAUUUACAAAUAAGAUCAAUUGCGAGAGUUUCUUGGACAUCACUUUCGACGCAAGCAAGAGAUCCAUGGAGAUUCCUCAACUCCUCAUCAACGAUGACAACAUCUCCCUCCUCCGAAAUCUCAUCGCUUUCGAGCAGCAAUUCCAUGGGGUCCCCAACUGCAUCUCCACUUACGUUUGGUUCAUGGACUGCCUGAUAAACACCUACAAGGACGUGGCGGUGCUCCGGAAACGUAACAUCAUCGUCAGCCGCCUGCGCAGUGAUGAAGAAGUGGCUCACAUAUUCAACGAGCUCCGAAGGACGGAUGCCCCUGUCGUCGACUUCGACAAUUUCUAUCUCGCAGGGGUAAUGAACAAUGUGAAGAGCCACUGCAGAAACAGAACCAACAGACUUUGGGCAUUGUGGAAUUUCUCAUGGUUGAGGCAAAACUAUUUCAAGAAUCGGUGGGUCACAACCGGUGUCACUGCAGCUGUGUUCUUCAACCUUCUCACUUUGGUGCAAACUGUAUAUGCAGUUCUCAGUUACGCCAAGCAGUGAAAGUAUAUAUUGUCAAGAAUAAUGAUGGCGGUUGAUUUAAUUCAAUUAAUAAAGGUUUGACAUUAAAUAAUAUAUGAUUGUUUCGACAACUACUUUGCUCUUAUUGUUGAUCCCAUAUUAUAUUUAAUGCUAUCAUAUUUGUUUAUGAGGGUGUUUUCCAUAACAACUUGUAUAAAUAU